CCCCAAUUUUUCCUUCUCUCAAAGAAUAUGCAGCAAAAACAGGGACUGCUCAACUAACAAUUCCCAUGGACAUGACAAAUUUCUCUCCUUUUCUCAUGAAUAAGUAUGUCAAUUAGGCCAGGUCGCUCGCUAGUAACUAUCACUUUUUGCUCGUAAAUCUGUUCACUCCAUGCAUUUUCACUGUUAGUUCGAAUUUCUACGUCCAAUUAACCUUCAUUUUCUUGCAAAUCUUACUAACUUUUGACUUGGGGUUUGUUGUUUCUCUUGUCUGAAUAUGGCUUCUCUUUCUCGUUUCCUCUAUCAAAAUUUAUUUUUUUCACUGGCUACUGUUUUUGCCUUUGUUUCCCUCUAUGUGUCUCCCGUGUUCAACUUCAUCACCACAUUCGUCGUCCACAGGUUAAGAAGGUGCAAGGCUCUAUUAAAUAAGAAUUGGGGAUUUAAAGAUGAGUAUCGGAGAGAAUGUGAAUUUCCAGAGACAGGACAGCAGUUAGACUAUGAGUCUGAUGAUGUUUUUCAGGAUGUUUCUGAAUUCGCUGAUUCGGAAAAUAAUGAGGAGAAACAGGAAACAGAGUUCAAUUUUACAUUUAAAUUUCCUACCUAUGAAGAGUUUCGUAAGAGCAAGGAAGACAAAGGCGAGUAUGUUAAAAUUCCCUCUACAUUUAACAUCAACAAGUCCCUGACAGAAGCAAAGGUCGUUGAAGCGGAGGAUUCGAAAGAAGUUGAUAGUAAAAUUGAAGCCAUAAAUGAGGAAGGAGGUCACGGGUUCAAGUGGUGGAAACAGCCUCGAGCAGAAACGCAACGUAAGGAUGCGUACAGUAGACCCUUUUCGGACGGCCCUUCCCUGGACCUAACGCAAAGCGGGAGCUUUAAUGCACUGGACUGCCCUUUAAAUGUGGAAAGAAAAGGGGAUUUGAUUAAUUUAGAGUGUGAUAAAGAGGAAAUGGAGAAAACUGAGGAAACGAAUUCCAUAAAAGGAGAAUCAGUCACUGAAAACAAGCAAAUUCUGGAGGAAUCAGAUGAGUUUCUGUUUCAAUCUGAGAAGGAUUCUUGUAUAUCUACUGAUUCUGAUAGUGUGUCGAUUGGUUUUGAUCAUGUAUGUUAUCUGAUGAACAAAUUAGUCGAUUCAUAUAGUGAUGGAUUCUUGACAGACGAAGACUUUGGAGGAGAAUUUUUGCUUGAUGAUGCUCUAAACGAUCAUGAAAUGUCACAAGAAUCUGAUGACGAUGAUAAUGAUAGUGAUAUAAUGGAAGAGCUAAGGAAAUUAGAAUUAGAACAAGAUCAACCACCACAAUUUCCAUCUGUGGAUGAUUUUUACGAGCAUUUUGAUGAUUCAGAAAAUGCCAAAUCAAUAAAUGAAGAUGCAAAUAAAUUGGAAACGUUGUGGGAACACCAAGAAUUAAUUGAACAAUUAAAGAUGGAACUUAGAAAAGUUAGAGAUACUGGACUUCCUACUAUUUUCGAAGAAUCAGAUACACCAAAAAUGGAUGAUUUGGAGCCAUGGAAGAUUGAUGAAAAGUUACAACGUGAAGAUUGUAUAAGUGAACUUCAGAAGUUCUACAAAAGUUACAGAGAAAGGAUGCGCAAAUUUGACAUAUUAACGUACCAGAAAAUGUAUGCAAUAGGUUAUCUGCAGAAAGAUCCGCUAAAAGAUCCAUUUCAACAUGUAUCAAGGCAGAGAUGUUCAGGUCCAAAACUAAAAUCCUUAAUUUCAAAAAACAUUAAGCUAUUCAAACACAAAAGGAAUUAUGACAAUAUUGACCCAAUAGUAAAGUUUAUCAAAGAAUUGCAGAGUGAUCUAGAAGUAAUAUAUGUUGGACAAAUGUGUCUGUGUUGGGAAUUUCUGCACUGGCAAUAUGACAAGGCUUUAAGUUUGUGGGAUUCUGACCCUCGUGGUACUCGCACGUAUAAUGAAGUUGCUGGUGAAUUUCAACAAUUUCAAGUUCUCUUGCAAAGAUUUAUAGAAAAUGAACCUUUUCAAGGACCUAGAGUUCAAUAUUACAUCAAGACUCGAUAUGAUCUUCGCAAUCUUCUUCAAGUUCCUGUUAUAAGAGAGGACAAAGUGAAAGACAAAAACAAGGCUAGAGGUAGAGAGAAAGAUGAAUAUUGCAUUACAAGUGACAUGUUGGUGGAGGUACUGGAGGAAUCAAUACGGAUAUUUUGGCAAUUUGUUAGAGCUGAUAGAAAUUGCGCCAGCCUAAUGGUGAAGGGUCGAAAAGGAACACAACAUCAAGAACUUAAAGCCCUGGGAGAUUUAGAGCUUUUAAUGGACGUCAAAAAAGGUCUUCAAAAGAAAGAGAAGAAGCUGAAAGAUGCUUUGAGAGGUGAAUGUUGCAUAUUGAAGAGGUUGAAGAAGCACAAAGAAGAUGAUUCAGAUCAUGUAUUCUACUUUUUCUCUCAAGUAGACAUGAAAUUGGUUACUAGGGUUCUCAACAUGUCCAGGCUAACAACAGAUCAACUAGUCUGGUGUCACAAUAAAUUAAGUAGGAUUAGUUUCCUUCAUAUGAAAAUACACGUAGAUCCUUCUUUUUUGCUCUUCCCUUGUUAAUAUUAGUUCUUGUUCUUUUUACUCCCUUUUUUUAGGGUAUCAAAGUCAUAAAAAUGUUGUUUA